GCAUUACUAGAUCCAUAAGAACUUAGAUUAUACCAGCAAACAAGUUGAAUUCAAAUGAUUCAAAAAUUGGACCGGAAUGAUCGCCGGGUUCUGACAUUUCCGGCGGUCCACCCCUGCGAGAGCAUAUCUCCGGCGACCCUUCUCGGCUCUUUGAUCACUCUUUCUCGGAGCAUUUGUGAUCACCAGCGCAAACCGUUCGCAACCCAGAAGCGGAACGCCCGAGAAUCGAUUCGCCAAAUCGGAAUUCUCCUCCUAUUCUUGGAGGAAAUCCAAGACCGGGGGCUCAAUUUGUCCAACUCCAUUGUCCUCUGCUUCUCUGAGCUCCACCUCACAUUCCAAAAGCUUCAAUUUCUCUUGCAAGAUUGCUCGCGAGAUGGGUCUCGAUUCUGGGUUUUGAUGAAGUCCCAUUUUGUAUCAACACAAUUCCGUGUUUUGAUUAGAGCUGUAGCAACAGCGCUCGAUGUUCUUCCUCUGAGUUCCAUCGAUUUGUCGUGUGAAAUCAGGGAAUUAGUUGAAUUGGUGGCGAAGCAAUCAAGAAAGGCGAAAAUUGAGUUGGACCCAGAGGAUGAAAUGGCCAUGAAAAGAGUGAUUUUGAUAUUGAAUCAAUUCGAGAACAAAUUCGAGCCAGAGCCGAGUAUGAUCAAAAGGGUUCUUGAUUAUCUUGAAAUCCGAAGUUGGAGUGAUUGUAACAAGGAGAUUGAGUUCUUAGAUGAAGAGAUUGAGUUGGGGAGUUUAGAUGCUGAUGACAGAGAAGUGCCUUUAUUGAGCAGUUUAGUUGGGUUGAUGAGCUACUGCAGAGGAGUUCUGUUUGAGAGCUCCGUUUUCGGGAAAACAGAGCAAACAGAUACUAAAUGCAGUUUUGAGAUGGUUGGUUGCUUGAAUCCAGAAGAUUUCAGGUGCCCGAUUUCUCUCGAGCUGAUGACCGAUCCAGUGACGGUGGCGACUGGCCAGACCUACGACCGGGCUUCAAUUCAAAAAUGGCUCAAGUCUGGAAAUCUCCUCUGUCCCAAAACAGGGAAAAAGCUAACAAAUACAGAGUUGGUGCCUAAUUUCAGUCUUAAGAAGCUCAUACAACAGUUCUGUUCGGAUAAUGGGAUUUCACUUUCGAAAUCAAGAAAGAAUAAUCGCGACAUAACUAGGACGAUUGUUCCGGGAUGUCCAGCAGCCGGAGAAGCCAUGAAGUUACUCGCCGGAUUUCUCACCGGCAGGCUAUGUUAUGGGACUCAUGAACAGAAGAAGAAGGCAGCUUAUGAGAUCCGUUUGCUUGCAAAAUCAAGCAUUUUCAACCGGUCUUGCUUGGUUGAAUCGGGGACUAUUCCACCUCUCUUGAAGCUGCUAAAUUCGAAUGAUCCAUCCAUGGAAGAGAACUCAACUGCUGCAUUGUUGAAGCUCUCAAAGCAUGCCAAUGGCAAGAAAGUGAUCAUUGACAAUGGGGGACUAAAACCGAUACUCGGGGUGCUUGAAAGUGGACUAAAAUUGGAGGUCCGACAGAUAGCAGCUGCAAUCUUUUUCUACCUGUCAUCAGUCCCCGAUUACCGGAAAUUGAUCGGAGACUUUCCAGGGGCGAUCAAGGCUUUGGUGGAACUAAUCAAGAAUGGGACAAAUUGUGGAAAAAAGAAUGCAGUGGUAGCUAUAUUUGGGCUUCUUCAAUACCAUCCUAACCAUCAAAGGGUCCUGGCAAGUGGUAUUGUUCCAUUGCUAGUUGACCUUCUAGGUACUCCAGAUAGGGAUGAUCUUACCACAGACUCAUUGGCAGUACUUGCAGCAUUAGCAGAGAGCAUCAAUGGCGCGAUUUCAAUCGUUGAAACUGACACAGCUUUGCCCUCGAUUAUGAAGGCUUUAGCGUCUACAACUUCCCGGACAGUGAAAGAGCAUUGUGUUUCAAUUUUGCUGUCUUUGUGCAGCAGUUGUGGCAGGGAUGUGCUUGCAGUUUUGGCUAAGGACGCUUCGGUAAUGACUUUGCUUUACUCGCUUGUAACGGAUGGCACAUCUCAUACGAGCAAGAAGGCGCGUUUGCUCAUCAGAUUGCUGCAAAAAUUCCACGAAACAAGCUCAUCAUGCUUGGCUAACGCAGUGCCACGAGAACACUUCAUUCACGUACAGUAGACCUAUUACGAAAUAUUCCAACAUUUCUCUGUAUAUACAUAUAUCAUGUGGUUUGUGGGCAGUUUCAUUUUUCUUACUGUUACACCUUGAUUUUUCUCACAUUAGCUCGGUUUUUUCAAGAGCUAAACACUGUAUUAAACUAUGUAUUAGUCAUUGCUUAUGAGUUAUGGAGGUAGACAGCAAUAAAUUACACACGAGAAACACAUGUAUUUUUAUUUUUGUAUUAUAGUAAUAAAUAAAAUUGUGUGACAAUAUUACAGAUGA